GGCGAGCAACAGGAUGCGGGAGACUUCCCGGAGGCCGGCGGCGGUGGCGGCGGCUGCUGUAGUAGCGAGAGGCUGGUCAUCAACAUCUCGGGGCUGCGCUUCGAGACGCAGCUGCGCACCCUGUCGCUGUUCCCGGACACGCUCCUGGGGGACCCCGGCCGCCGCGUCCGCUUCUUCGACCCGCUGAGGAACGAGUACUUCUUCGACCGCAACCGGCCCAGCUUCGACGCCAUCCUCUACUACUACCAGUCUGGGGGCCGGCUGCGCCGGCCGGUCAACGUGCCGCUGGACAUCUUCCUGGAGGAGAUCCGCUUCUACCAGCUGGGGGACGAGGCCCUGGCUGCCUUCCGCGAGGACGAGGGCUGCCUGCCCGAGGGUGGAGUGGACGAGAAGCCGCUGCCCUCGCAGCCCUUCCAGCGCCAGGUGUGGCUGCUCUUCGAGUACCCGGAGAGCUCGGGGCCCGCCCGGGGAAUCGCCAUCGUCUCAGUCCUGGUCAUUCUCAUCUCCAUCGUCAUCUUCUGCCUGGAAACGCUGCCCCAGUUCCGUGCAGACGGUCGAGGCGGAAGCAACGGGGGCUCAUCCUCACUAAGUACUCUCGGGGGCUCCUUCUUCACGGACCCCUUCUUUCUGGUGGAGACGCUGUGCAUCGUCUGGUUCACCUUCGAGCUACUGGUACGUUUCUCUGCCUGCCCCAGCAAGCCAGCCUUCUUCCGGAACAUCAUGAACAUCAUCGACCUGGUGGCCAUCUUCCCCUACUUCAUCACCUUGGGCACGGAGCUGGUGCAGCAGCAGGAGCAACAGUCGGCCAGUGGCGGGGGUGGCCAGAACGGGCAGCAGGCCAUGUCCCUGGCCAUCCUCAGAGUGAUCCGCCUGGUCCGCGUGUUCCGCAUCUUCAAGCUGUCCCGCCACUCCAAGGGGCUGCAGAUACUGGGCAAGACGCUGCAGGCCUCCAUGCGGGAGCUGGGCCUGCUCAUCUUCUUCCUCUUCAUAGGGGUCAUCCUCUUCUCCAGUGCCGUCUACUUUGCGGAGGCCGAUGACGAUGAUUCGCUCUUCCCCAGUAUCCCGGAUGCCUUCUGGUGGGCGGUGGUCACCAUGACCACCGUAGGUUAUGGGGACAUGUACCCCAUGACAGUGGGGGGCAAGAUUGUGGGCUCGCUGUGUGCCAUUGCCGGGGUUCUCACCAUCGCCCUACCCGUGCCUGUCAUUGUCUCCAACUUCAACUACUUCUACCACCGAGAGACGGAGCAGGAGGAGCAAGGCCAGUAUACCCACGCUCAGUUGCUCCACGUUAGCGCCCCUAACUUAGCCUCUGACAGUGACCUCAGUCGGCGCAGCUCGUCCACUCUCAGCAAAUCUGAAUACAUGGAGAUCGAAGAGGAUAUGAAUAAUAGCAUAGGCCACUUUAGACAGACCAAUAUCAGAACUGGCAAUUGUACCACAGUUAACCAAAACUGCGUUAAUAAGAGCAAGCUACUGACUGAUGUUUAA